UUUUCUAGAUCCAAAUUAAUAUGAUAAUGAGAUCAGGUGGGACAAAUAAUCCAAUUCAAAUUUAAUAAUGUUAGUGGUUCAUGUAUGGCAUUCUGUCUCUGUGUGCGCUUUGUUCUAUGCAUUUCCUUUAUAAUUACCUUAUUGUCACGACUUGAUUUAAAUAAACAGUAUUUGUCGAUUGGCUUUCCUUUUUUUUUUUUUUUUUUUUUUGUGUGUGUGAAAAGAUUUCCUUUCCUUGGUCUACGUAAGUGUGCAUGGGAGCGUGUUAAUCAUGGUUGUUUGCUUAAACGCUACGUUAUUUAGAAAGCCCUAAAUUGAUUAACUUCCAAGCAAUCGACAUGAUGUCUCCAUUCUCCAAUGUGUACUUAGCUGGAAAUUUUGGAGAUUAAAUAAGUGUCUACUGUCCACCUAGCCCAAUUAGUACGAGGCCUUUUGGGGAGGAGACCCAAGAGUAAAAUCGUGUGGGCUUGGCCCAAAGCGGACAAUAUCGUACUAAUUGAGCAACCUGGUUUCGACAAGUGGUAUCAGAGCCUGGUUCGGUUGGGGCGGUGGACGUCAGUUUGGUGGACCCUCAUUCGGUGGCCUCGAGAUUUGCGAUUCGCGUCUGUUUGGCGGAUCAAGGGAGAUCUGCGUCUGGGCUGUUUGGUGGAUCCAGGAGAGAUCCACGUUUGGGUUGGGCGGAUCAAAGAGAGUUUCGCGUCUGGAAAAAAUCCUUGUACCGAGAAGCCCAUCGAUACAAGGUGUCUGGCAAAUCAAGUUAAUCGCUGAGGUGAGGACACGAAGUUCGUGGUCCUUGGCUUGAGGGGAGGAUUGUUAUGGGACAAUCCAAGUACCACAUCAGAAAUACAAGGGAAGGAACCCUUGUAUAUAAGUGUCCACCUAGCCACGAGGCCUUUUGGGGAGAACACACAAGAGUAAAACCGUGCGGGCUUGGCCCAAAGCGGACAAUAUCGUACUAAUUGAGCUCCCCGGUUAUGACAAUAACCCUAUUGAAGCAACAGUAAUGAAUAGGAGAUCAGACGAUUAAAUUUUAUUAAUCGAAACUAAUCCGAUGAAUUCAAUAUCUUUUACCGCUUUAUAGCGCGAUACGUAACCAAUAUACCUACUAGUUUUUUUUUUCUUUUUCUAAUCAAUGUAGAGGUGGCAAUUGGAUCGGAUUCGUGGAUUCGUGGAUUGGAUUGGUGGAUCCAUGGAUCAAAUGGAUUAGAUCCAAUGGAUUGGUGGAUUCAUGGAUUGGAUCAAGUGGAUUGGUGGAUUGAUCCAUGAAUCCAAAUGACAUCCAAGGCUUGGACCAAAAUGUAAAUUUUGAAAAGUUUAGGUACUAAAAUGUCAUAAUGAAAAAUUUUAGGUACCAAAAUUUAAUUUUCCAAUGAUAUUUUUCGUAUAAAAAUAUAAAUUUUAGGUACCAAAAUGUAAAAUAUAAAAAAUAUAGGUACCAAAUCAUAAUUUGCCAUUUGGAUCCAUGGAUUGAUCCAUGAAUCCACCAAUCCAAUUGGAUUUGGAUCAAAUGGAUUGGAUUUAAAUGGAUUGGAUUAGGUGGAUAAUUUGGUGGAUGGAUUGGAUUGGAUUCAUGGAUUUGGAUCAUAAUUGCCACCUCUAAAUCAAUGACUAUUUUCGUCAUUUUCAUGUAAAGGAAACGUGAUCCACGUCUCAAUAAUUAGCCACUAAUGGUUUAAAUAAGGUGGCAGGCUGGCAGCCAGCCUCUGGACGUAGCCCAAUCUCACAACUAAUUCGAAAGCGAACCAAGAUUUUGGAGAGGCAGAGUACUCAAGGAAAGGAAGAAGGAGAUGGGCUCUGUAGCAGCAGCAGCCAUGGAUGCUCACAUGGUGUUUGUGUACGGCAGCCUAAUGGCCGACGAAGUUCUUCACGUCCUGCUGAACCGCGUCCCUCAAUCCUCCUCCGCCAUCCUCAAUAACCAUCACAGGUGUAGCAUCAAAGGGCGGGUUUAUCCGGCCAUUAUACCCGUCGAGAACAAGAGCGUUGAAGGUAGAGUUCUGUAUGAGGUCACCCAGCCUGAGCUUGAAAUCCUGGAUAAGUUCGAGGCUGUUGAGUACGAGCGUCGCACUGUUGAAGUUUCGCUCCCGGUGGAGAAGAAGGUACAAGUGAAUGCCUAUGUCUGGGGGAACAAAGACGAUCCUGUCUUGUAUGGAGAGUGGGAUUUUGAGGAGUGGAAGAAAUCACACAUGGGUGAUUUUGUGAAGAUGACAGCAGAAUUCAUGAAAGAAGUGCUGCAGCCUGAUUCUAAGACCAGGAUAGCAUCAAAAGAUAGAUUCACCUCCCCAAUAAUAAACGAGCCUGCAACUUCAGCAGCUGUGGCUAUGAAUGGUGCAAGCAAUGAUGGUCACAAGGUGUUCGUUUACGGAAGUCUAAUGGCUGAUGAAGUUGUUAGCAUCCUGCUGAAGCGCGUCCCUCCAUCCUCUCCCGCCAUUCUCUACGGCUAUCACAGGUUCAGCAUAAGAGAAAAAGUCUACCCUGCCAUUUUACCGGUAGUAGGAGACAAGCAAGUUCAAGUUCAUGUUCAAGGGAGGGUGUUGUUUGGAAUCACAGAUCCUGAACUACGAGUGUUUGAUGCAUUCGAAGAUCAGUAUGAGCGUCUCGUCCUUGAAGUUUCACUCCCGGAAAAGAAGCUAGAAGUGAAUACCUACAUUUGGCUGAAGAAAGACGAUCCUGACUUGUAUGGAGAGUGGGAUGUUGAGGAGUGGAGAAGAUUGCACAUGAGCGAGUUUCUGGAGAUGACUGUUGGGUUCAUUAAAGAGUUGCAGUCUGCAACCGCCUGAUUCAAAGACUGAGAUAGUGAAACUUUCUAUAGCACAUGUUUUCCCAUCACAAGGCCUUGAUGAGAUGGAUCCCAAUUUGGGAGAUGUGGUCAUAUCAUACUUAAGUUAUUGGGAUGAACUAUCCCAAUUUGUAUUGAAAGACCUUACCGGUUAAACCACGUAACAAUGAUCAAGCUGGUAUGGAAUUGUCGAUACUUUUACGAGAUUUCACAAUACUAUAAAGUACCCUUUGAUCA